UUCCACUGAUAGACUAUAAUGGGCAGAGCAAGUCAGACCAGCAGCUGAUACCAAAUGCUCUAUAAAUAGCUGGCAGGGCCUAGUCAUUGCAUUAGAGCACACAGCCCGAACGCACGAGCCACAUACUUUUUGCUCUUACAGUCGAAGGAAUAAGAAAGUAGUUUCUGUUUUAGUUUUGUGUAAGAAUUAGAAUGAACAAGCCCAAAAUUGUCAGACCAGAGGAGAGCCAGCCAGCACAUGUGGUGUGGUACGACAGAAAGAAAUAUGUCACCCUCAACUUCAAGGUGCAAAAACCGAAAGAUGUCCAGGUCGAAAUCCAGACAGACAAACUGAUUAUGUACUGCAAAAACGACACAGAUGAUGUGAUCUACAAUGAGCUGUACUUCUACGACAAAGUCGAAAUCAAUGACUCCAGAGAAAAAGUCUAUGACCGCAACAUCAACGUCUUGCUGAGGAAGAUAAAGCCUGAUUAUGCAUGGCCCCGUCUCCAGAAGGAUGCUGCCAAAGCCAGUUGGAUUUCUGUGGACUUUGAUAACUGGAGGGACUGGGAGAAUGAGGAAGAUGAUGGGAAGGAAGAGUACGACAGAUACAUGGACAUGAUCCAGGACAUGGCUACAACUAAUAAAGGAGAGACACCAGACAUGGGAGACCUUAGUGAUUCUGACUGAGACUCACUGUCAACCAGAGACCUUCUCCCCUGUUUGCUGUAGCUUGUUAUAUUUGUUGAUGACGUGAUGGUUUUAAUCCCCCAAAUACUGUUUUUACACAAUGUGACAUUUUCUAUGAGAUUAUUUAUUAUUUUUGUCCACUGUACACAGACGUUUCAUUGUCAGUUUGAAUAAAUAUAACUUUAUAUCAACUGUGA